GUAAAUUACCGCAAUAUAUAAAACCCGUGAGGUCCUACAAACAGCUACAAACGACAGCGUGCCAGCACACAAGCCGGCCCUUGGGUCCUUCCCGCCUUCUCGGACCUCCUGCACGCGCGCCGAGUGGGCAACGGCUCAGGUGAGGACAUGAGCUGCUUCAGAUAUGGUCGGGUGAUGGGCAACGGCUAGCUUUGAAAGGCUCCCGAAGCGAGGCAGCGUUCCAACUCCUUCCUCUACAUCCUGCCUCUUAUUACAGGUGGUGCGAUUGCGACCAGCGCGAUGGCUCUGCUGUCGCUGCUCACGCGGGGGCUCAUCAUGCUGCCGCUCUGCGUCGCGGUGAUGUUCCUGGACCAGAGGGCAAACCAGGUCGCGAGCGAGAUGGGCGCCACCAUGGCCGGCGCCGCGCACGGCGGUCGCUACUACGAUGACGACGAGAACGACAGCGAUGAUGGGCAUGAGGAUGCCGGCGGUUGGGUGACGCUGCCGGGUCGGCAGCAGCAGGCCGGGCAGGUGGGUGACGCCAGCAGCGGCUGGCGGUGGUGGGCAUGGCAGGCCAGCGGCAGUGCAGCCGAGGAGGACCGCGGCGCAAGGGAGGUGGAAGAGGCGACGGGCGGUAGCGGUAUUGUAGCGGGCGGCGGGCAGCGGCCAGACAGGCUUCAAGGAAUGUGUGUGGCCUGCAUGGCAGCGCCCGCCACCAUGGGCUUCCUGCACGCGCCUCCGCCAUCACCAUCUCCGUCACGCAGCGGCGGCAGCAGCGGCAGCAGCAGCGCAGGCCGCGGCGGCAGAAGCAGCAACGCUGCUGGCACCUGCUUGCUGGCUUGCUGCUGGUGCACAACCAGGGGUCGUAUCUUGUUUUUGGAGUGAUGUCUAGCUCCAGACAAAAACGGCUGGGUGGCUGCCAUCUUUUGUCUGGGCACAUGGCGGUUUGGGGGCUUCCCCAUAGGAA